AUGAAGGAAACUUCCUCUAAUUCGCCGUCAUUUAUAGAUCGUGUGAGCUUUUGGGACAAAUCCAAGGCGCAUGGCAACCAUACGAAUUCGACAAAUUCGAGAGGACCAACUCUCCCCUUGAGCAAUUCCUCUACCCUUACGCAGAAUAACAACACUGCUACCUCGGUUCGAAAUGAUACAACCAAGAUCCCAACAAACGACUCAAAUCGCAAUGGCCGCAAGAACCAACGUUCGCAUACCACAUCCCAUAAUGUGGCAGAUAAUACAUCCAACGUUCAUCCGUCACCAGCUCCACCACCGCAAGUUGAUGGAGAGGGGAAUAUCAUAGAACCUACCGAAACCGAGAAACCUCUGAAAAAGCACGUUGCCAUUCGAUUUUGGCUUACCGGUAAACAUAUUAUACUUUCAAGUAUUAUCAAUAUUUUAUUGGUAUUUGUACCGGUUGGUAUUGCUGCCUUUGCGGUAGGUCUCAGUCCAGGUAUCAUCUUCGCGAUGAAUGCAAUUGCCAUUAUACCUUUGGCAGGUUUACUUAGUCAUGCUACGGAAAGUGUGGCCAAGAGAAUGGGUGAUACUAUUGGUGCUUUGAUGAAUGUUACUUUUGGUAAUGCUGUUGAGCUUAUCAUUUUUAUGUAUGUCUACCUCAAUGAAAUCCGUAUCGUCCAAGCCUCUUUGCUCGGCUCGAUUCUUGCAAAUCUACUCUUGAUUCUAGGAAUGUGUUUCUUGGUUGGUGGACUGCGCUUCCGUGAACAGAUCUAUAAUAGCACUGUUACCCAGAUGAGUGCUUGUCUUUUAAGUUUGAGCGUCAUGAGUUUAUUGCUUCCGACUGCUUUCCAUGCAUCCUUCAACACUGAGACUGCCGGAGACAAGGCCACCACCAGAGUCUUACAAGUUAGUCGCGGCACCAGCGUUGUUCUUCUUUUGGUCUACUUCAUGUACCUAUUGUUUCAGUUGAAGUCACACGCGUACAUGUAUGAAAGUACUCCUCAACAUAUCAUUGAUGAAGAAUCGGCUCCUGGACCUGUUGCCGCUUGGAUGGAUUCAUCAUCAGAUGAUUCAUCCUCGUCAAGCUCUGAUUCUGAUAGCUCCAGCGGUUCCAACACCACUGCAAAACGUGUCAAGAGACUCAUCAGAGGUGGUAGACGUCGGAAGUCAAGCUCGGCAUCGAAAGAUACCGUCGACGUUGAGGCUCUUCGUACACCAUCUUUUGGUAAUAGCAGCAUUAACUAUACAGCUGAAGGUAGUGGCUCCACUGGCGAUGAUCAUCGUACAGGUACUAUUGACUUUGCUGAGGAUGGUGACGACGAGCGUCCCAGAAGAAGUCGCAAUGGUUCAUUCACAAAUUAUGUCAUGACCAAAAAGGAACGGAAGAGAGAACGCAAACUACAGAAAAAGGAAAAGAAGGCUCGUAAGAGAGCUCUCAGACAUCAACAACCCAUCAAUGCAGGUGUUGUUCCCGAUGUCAAUAAUGAGAAAACCGUAGAAGUGGCACAAAGUGAUUCGGAUCCACGUCGUGUGGAUUUUGCUAUGAUGGAAAGCUCCGAAGCUCAGCAAGAUGCCACUCAAAAACGACCAUUUACACUUCGCGGAAUUACUUCUGGCAUUCGACCUCAGAUUCCGAAAACCUUUUCUCAAAACGUCUUUACCAACCCUGCACCUACCGGUACUCCACCACCUGGCAACAUUCCUCGCGUUCGUAUGGGAAUUCGUCGCACAAACUCUUUGCCAGAUCGUCUCAACCAAACUAUGUCACACCCAGCUAGUACCCCGUCAAAUCUUGCGCCUAUUCGUAUCAAUAGUUCUGCUGUUGCAGCCAAUAAGGUUCCUAUGAAGGAUGAGGAUGAAAAUAUCUCUCGUACUACCGCCGUCGUUUUACUUCUUACCUCCACUGCUCUGGUCGCAGUCUGUGCCGAAUUCAUGGUUGAUAGUAUCAAUGCCGUCGUAGCUAGUAACUCUGGUUUGAGUGAGGCUUUUAUUGGUCUUAUCAUUUUACCUAUUGUUGGUAAUGCUGCCGAGCACGUUACAGCUGUUACGGUCGCUAGUAAGAAUAAAAUGGAUCUGGCAAUCGGUGUUGCGGUUGGUUCCUCCAUCCAGAUUGCUCUAUUCGUCACUCCCUUCAUCGUCCUUCUCGGUUGGUGCAUGUCCAAAGAAAUGACAUUGUACUUCACACUGUUCGAAACCGUCUGCCUCUUCGUCUCGGCCUUCAUUGUCAAUUUCUUGGUUCUAGAUGGUCGAUCGAAUUACCUCGAGGGCGCUCUUCUGUGCGCGGCGUAUGUUAUUAUUGCGGUGGCGGCUUUUUUUUAUCCAAAUGCAGAGGAUCAAAGUAAUCUAGGAGGAAACGCCGAUGCGGCUAAAAUGUUGGUCAGGGGUAUUGUGGGGAUUUAA